AUGUAUACAAAUUUGCCUAAAUCGUGUCUUACCGGCAUAGUUCUUACUAUCUCUACACAUUCGGGGCCGCUGGUAGUGUAUCAUUAUCCACCUUUAAGUCAACCAUGUGCUCUUGAGAAAGAAAGGAAUGUUGGUGGGACGUCUAGUUCAUCGGAGCAGACUGGCGAGCAGCGUAUUGGGUCAGGGAUGUCAUUUCGAUAUUACUCAAACACGGCCGAAGGGGAGGUGGAGGACAAUGUGUCAUCAUCUUCAUCAGGCAACGUUUCGGAUGCAACAUCUGGGCUGAGCGAUAGCGAAUUAUCAACAGACUAUGCAGAUUAUUCUUCCUCCUCGUCAUCAUCUGAGUCUGAAAAUGAAUCUGGAAGAGCACGCGGAGUAGAAGAAGAGGAGGCAGAGGAAUUAGAAGAGGUAGCGGAGGCAGCAGCACUAGCAGCAGCAGCAGCGGUAGCAGCAGCAACAACAACGGCAGCAACGGCAAAGGGAGAGAGCGCCAAUAGCCAUACUGCUAAUGCAGAUAGUACUAUCCCUGAGCCGCUUGAGUCAGGAGCAUCAUGUCCUUUUCCUAUUGAUUCAUCCUUUAAUCAGAUGUUGGAAGCUCAAAGUGUUGUGGCAAGUAGUAUCAACGUGCCUGCGGCAAUUACAACAGCAGCCCCGUCCACAAAGCCUAAAAGCAUCAAGUCUAGACACUCGCAAAUUAGUGCUAACAAGUUAUUUCAAUAUUUGAGCACUAAUAAUGAUAUAGCAGAAAGCCGCAGGCCAUCAGUAUUUUCCAGGUUGACUUCUAAUGAGGACAUUGAUCUUAUGAAAAUGAACGAGUCAGGUAAUUUACUAGAUCUCGAUUCAUUGCCCAGAGCUCUGGAAGAUAUUGAGGAUAUCGAUGUUAGCAAUAUUCUAGAUGCGCGAAUUUUCCAAUCUGAAUACUUUCAAGAUGUUUCCAAGAUUAUGAAUUUCAAUUCUGAAUUCGUUGCAGAGAUAUGUUGUCCGCCAAAGGAUAUGUGUAAUACUAGGUUUGAGUUUACAAUCGAUGAAUCUUGUUUCUUGGGGUUGCCUAUUCAUGUAGAUGAAUCUGGUCGAUGGCGGAAACGAAGGAAUAGGAAAACUCCAUUGAAUACUAGAUCCAAGAGGUCCGAGAGUGGGGGUGCGGUGAACACUACUGAUACAAGUCUUGGUAGAGCGGGUUCAUCUGGUAGCAAAGCUCAUGAAGAACUGCAGCAGAAUGAGCAACAGCAGCAAAAUAUCGAUUCUGACCUCGGAGAAGGGUUAGGUAUCCCGGUAAAGAGCGAUCAAGGUGGUGGUGGCUAUGAGCAUGAGGGUAAAACUCAAAGAGAUGAUAAUGAAGAGAUGCAGAAAGCUGUGAAUAUGUUCCAUGUUUGUUUCAUUAUGAAUCCACAGUUGGUUGAGUAUAACGAGCGUGUAGAUGAUAUGUACCAUUACGUUGUCACUAGGCUUUCACUGAUUCUAAGGUAUCUUCAGGACAAAACGGGAUACGUAGUUGAAGAGUGCCACAAGAUUCUCAAAACUCGAGAUCGUAUUCUCAAACAGUUGAAACAGAUUAAAAAAGUUCGCGGGCAACAAGCUUUACAAGGGCGUUACUUAUAUGAAUAUAUUCUCAAAUCCUCAUCAUUGGCUCGCGCAUUAACCAAAUGUUUUAAUUCGAUCGUCAAUAAUGAAACUGUAUCAUUAGAGAUUGGCAAGUACAAAGUUCUUUCAUUACAGAUUCCAAUAAAAAAUGAGUUUGCAAAAUUGCCAGAUCUGAAAAUCAACCCUGUUUUGCGUGGAUCAUUUUUAACUUCGAUUCUAAACCUAAAGUUUCUGAAAGAACCUACAGACCCAAUACCUGGAGGUGCAGUGGUAUUUAAUGAUAGUAAUUUUUUUGAUGAGGAAAAUGAUAUAUUAGAUUAUGCUUUACUACCGUUAGAUGAGGUUUCAAAUAUUAUCAGAGACUUAGAGUGUUCUUCCUUUCAAAGUGACAUGAUUAACCUAUUAAUGGCUAAUUUGGUCAAAAUUUUAAAACCAACUGUUCCCUUGCGCUCUUAUUUAUAUCUUAUCGACGAAUUAUUGGGGACUAACUCAACGGGCGCCAAUACAGUUGACGGAGGCGGAGUACUUGGAACAAGCUCGUCUAAAAUACAAGCUCAUAGAAAUUCAUUUGAAUGUAAUAUGUUACGUUCUAUUGCUUUACAUUUGACUUAUUGGCGGCACACUAGGAUCAUCUUACCGAUAUCUUCCAAAAACACGUACAUUGUUUCACCUCUUGCCCCAAUCCGGGGUACUGCAGUAGACGAUUGUGACUCUCGAGAUAUGGAUAUUGUUGAAGGAGAAGCAUUAAUAUACCAAAACCAAGAAAUCUUCCAUUCUAAAUUUCCAACGUUGCCCACGUUACCCUCGUUUCUUAGCUCGAUAUCGACUUUAAAACCACGGUCGUUUGGGCACUUAAUCCCAUCGAAAGAGCAUAAAUUCUUGUAUUUGAACGCACUUAGCUGGCUGAUUAGAUACGGGUACCUGACCCAAUUACUGACGUUCGUUUGGAUACGGGUGGAUAGAAGAAUUAAAGUGGCGGUCGAUGAAGAUUUGGAAAGAGAGGGUGUGAGGAAAUGGAAUAGGAAGUCGAAAAAGGAAAUCAACAACCCUCAUGAUAAUGUAGUAACGGUGAAAAAACCAGUUGCGGACGGAGGCCCUGAUCGCACCGCCAAAGCAACCGAACAAGACUUCACUGACACCACUGCCGCUGGUACCAAGACGACGGCCACAACGGCCGUCACGGCCACAACGGCCGUCACGGCCACCACGACGACGGUCCCGACGACCACAGUGAUCCCGACGCCUGCGGAUGCGACCACAACAGCAUCCAAUGCUGGGGUGGCUACGCAUGCGACCAAUAGCGACAGUUACUCGGAUGAACAGGAGUCGUUGGACGGCGAUCUAUUCGAACAGCGUGAUUAUACAAUUAUAUUGGAACCGAAAACAGCAACUGCGUUGGAAAAGAGAUGGUUGUAUAAAUGCAUUGAAGGUCAACCAACUGAUAUACAAAUGCUGUUCCGAAAAAUAGUGAAAUACUUUAACGGCAAAACCCCAUUAGAGUGGAUAGUUCUUAAAGAAGGGGUCUCAAAACAUGAAUUAAAGCGAUUACUGGCUUCUCUGGGAGACUACGCAGUCGAACUCAGGCAUUGGUAA